AUGGACGACACAGACAUGAUGGCCGCCAUGGGCAUCACUGGGUUUGGCAAAAAAGCCAAGCAGCGGUCUCUCGACCCAAAACGGUUCGAGAAGAACAAAAGGGACGAGGCAGUGAGUCCAUCCGAGCGAAUGCGUAUAUACGUCGUGCUCAAUUGGUCUCAAGGGCGGUAUUGCGUCCUCGGCUUCUGCCAAGUCCAAGCCGGAGGAGGUCAAACGUCCCAAUACGACCCAGACGACGUUGGGCCGCCGCCACCGCCAUCCGAUGCCGGUGCUCUGGAAGAAGAGCCGGAGUUUGACGUAUCUGAUGAUGAAGCCGAGGACGCCCAAUUCCCCGUAACCCACGAACUCCUCCUGAAAGACCACACGAAAGUGGUCUCAGCUCUGGCCAUGGACCCGUCUGGUGCACGCAUUGUCUCCGGCUCGCAUGACUACGACUGCAAGCUCUGGGAUUUUGGUGGAAUGGACUGGAGGUGUAAGCCAUUCAAGACUUGGGAACCUGCCGGCUCUUACUAUAUACAUGACCUCAAGUUCUCGAACGAUGGACAACAGUUCUUGGCCAUCUCGGGGACGACACAGGCGAAGCUGUAUGACAGAGACGGGGAAGAGUUGGCCACAUACAUCAAGGGUGAUCCAUACAUCCGCGACAUGAAGAACACUUCUGGGCACGUUGCAGAGCUCACAUCAUGUGCAUGGCAUCCUAAAGACCCACAAACAUUCAUUACUGGUUCCUUGGACUCCACUAUUCGGAUAUGGGAUGUCGAGAACAAGCGAAAACAGAAGGCGGUCAUUGUGGUCAAGUCGAAGGAACGCGGCGCCCGCACGAAAGUGAACUCGUGUGCCUACUCUCACGACGGAAGUCUGAUCGGCGGAGCUUGCCUGGAUGGGGCACUUCACAUGUGGCAGACGAAAUCAAAUUUCGUGCGACCGAGCAUGACGAUUGAAGGAGCUCACCUCAAGGGGUCAGAAACAGGGUCCUUGCUGUUCUCCGUCGACGGUCAGACCGUUUUGACUCGUGGCGGAGACAACACAGUCAAGCUGUGGGAUUUGAGGUCGUUCAAGAAGCCAUUGGUCGUGCGGUCCGGGCUGGAGACCUUGUAUCCAAAUACGAACGCGAUCUUCAGUCCAGACCACAAGUAUGUGGUGACUGGAUCGGGAGCUUCAACAAAGGGAGGCAAGGGUCAUUUGCUGUUCAUGAAGAAGGACACGCUGGAGACCGUGAAAGACCUUGAGGUGGAUACGACUCCCGUCAAAGUCUUUUGGCAUUCGAAGAUCAAUCAGGUCGUGACCGGUUUCGCCAACGGGCAGAUAUGCGUGCUCUAUUCACCCGACAUGUCGUUGAACGGAGCGAAGCUACUCCUCAACAAGGGACCCCCGCGGAAGGCGACCAUCGAAGACAUGUCGGAUGCCGUCGCGGCGCCGACCAUCAUCACGCCGCACGCGCUGCCGAUGUUCAGAGAUAGCGAGAUGGGUCGGAGCACGAAGCGAAAACGGGAGAAGGAGCGCAUGGACCCACGCAAGAGUCGGCGUCCGGAGCUACCAGUCACUGGACCAGGUCGGGGAGGACGUGUGGGAGCGAGUGCGACGCAACACGUCGUGCAGAAUCUCGUCCGCGAUACGACGAGAGACGAAGAUCCUCGGGAGGCCCUGCUCAAGCUCGCUGCAACAGCCGACGAGAACCCGGUCUGGACUGCUGCGUAUAAAGACCUCUGGCCCGCUUCGGAUCUCCUGUCCCCCCAAAUCUCACCUGCUCCCUUUGCCCUCCCGUCACUCUGUGUGACCGUCACGCGUCCUUUCCCCCAGACGAUGCACGACGCGCUUUCCACGAACCUGAACGGCGUCCAUAUCGACACGGUCUCUAUUCCCAACUCGCCUACUGUUGACUCUGCUGCCACUCCCGUGAACCACUCGCUUGUACCGGACUUGAAGGUCGACGUCGACUUCACCGAGCAGGAGAGCGACGCCCGGCACGAGCCAAUUCCCCUGAGGCUCGAAAAGGUGGACAACGCGUCCACAGUCCCUCAGGUUGCCACUCCAGCGGAUCCUGGUGCGUGUUUCUUUCUGUUUGACGCGUCUUUUCGCGCUCAAGUCGCCCAAGACUCCAUCCCCAUCGCGCCCCCCGCUGGCACCCCACCCCCACCCCCUGGCCAGCUCCUAGAGGACGUGAAGAUGGCAGAACAAAACGAGCCAGUCAAUGGCGAGGACGUGGAGAUGUCAGAUUCGAGUGGCAAUGCGAACGGACUCCCUAACGGACAAACACACGAGUCGCCCGUCGCGACCCCGGUCUCUCCCUCGCUACCUGCUGCUGUAUCUUCGAGUGAAACCGCUGUCGACUCCCAUGCCGCAUCGUCGCCCUACGCUAAUAUUACCAAUGCUAAUGACGAUGAUGAUGAUGACGAUAAGCCACCCCCGGCUAAGAGAGCGAGGAAACACUCCGAUGCAGAGAGAGCAUCGUUGGCGAACGUAAGCACCUUCGUCCUCCUGUGCGCCGCUAUGGGCGUACUAAUUUCCCUCUCCUCAUCGCAUUCUGAAGACCGCCACUCCACCUCCAGUCUCCGUUCCAACGUCGCCGCAGCCGCAGCCGCAAAACCUGCCAACCUGUCGGUCGCGCAGCAUCGUUUCUGCCUAUCCACUGUCCGCACUCUCAAACGGAUGAAGGACUCAGGGCCGUUCAACCUUCCUGUUGACCCGGUCGCGCUCAAUAUUCCUCAUUACCCUGAAAUUAUCAAGAAGCCCAUGGACUUCUCGACCAUUGAGCGAAAACUCAACGCGUCAAACCCGCAGAAGCCUGACACCAACUCCGCCAAUCCGCGAUACAUCAAUGCCGACCAGUUUGUCACCGACGUGCGCCUCAUCUUCACCAACUGUGCGACGUUCAACGGUCCAGAGCAUGCGGUGACAGCGAUGGGCAAGCGGGUCGAGGCCGUCUUCGACAAACAGAUCAAACAGAUGCCUCCUCCGGAUGAACCCAAAGCCCCUGCGCCAAAGAAGGUCGCAACCCCUCCUGCGCCUGCCCCACCGCCUCCCGUGAAGAAGCAGAUCCGUCGAGCGUCGACCAAUACUGUCCCAGUCAUACGACGUAAUGAGGAAGCUGCCAAUGCCGGUCGGCCGAAGCGGGAAAUCCAUCCACCUCCUCCGAAGGAUCUUCCGUACGCCGAGGCACCACGCAAGCCACGGAAAGCGAAGGUGCAGAAGAACGCCGUGGUUGCGGAGCAGAUCAAGUUCUGCGAGAAGGUCUGGAGGGAUCUGCACCAGAAGCAGCACUACAGCAUCGCCCACGCCUUCUACGAGCCUGUCGACCCAGUUGCACUCAACAUCCCUGAGUACGCCAGGGUUAUCAAGAAGCCGAUGGACCUCGCGACGAUGAAGAAGAAGCUUGACCAAGGGCAGUACACGACCGCGGAGCAGUUCCGCGGGGACUUCGCCCUCAUGAUCAAGAACUGCUUCACCUUCAAUCCUCCUGGCAACAUGGUGCACGAGGCCGGCAAGGCUCUCCAGAAUCUCUUCGAUGAGAAGUGGAAGAAUCUUCCGACACCCAGGCCGACAGAGCCCAGCGAUGAUGAGGAGGAAGAGGAGGAAGAUGAGUCGGAUGACGAACGCAUGAAGAUGGAAGGCAUGAUCGCGGAUAUGGAGAACCAGAUCGCGAGCAUGAAGAACAACCUCGCAUCACUCAAGCGGAACGGCAAAGAGAAGAAGGAGAAGGAGAAGAAGAAAGAGAAGCCCCCUCUCCCUGCUGCGUCAACAUCCAAGGCUCCCCCGAAGCAGGCAAAGCCGCCUCCGCCACCCAAGGCGAGCAAGAAGGGGAAGAAGCCUGUGACCGACGACGACGUGCUCACCUUCGAACAAAAGAAGGAUCUCAGCGACACUAUCUCGAAACUUGACGGCACCAAAUUGGAGAAGGUCAUCCAGAUCAUCCACGAGGGUGUGCCAGAGAUUCGCGACAGUACCGAGGAGAUCGAGCUCGAGAUUGACCAGCUUCCUGCGGCCGUCCUCACGAAGCUUUACAACUUCGUCAUCCGUCCAAUGAAACCCCCUGUCAAGCGUCCACGCACGGGCAAGGGGACAGGGACGGGUGGCUUGAAGCGGAAAAGCAUGGACGAGGAUGUGGAGACGAAGAAGAUUCGUGCACUCGAGGAGAAACUGAAGUCGUUCGGUGCGGGCGGAGGCGGUUCCAACGGUGGCGCUAUUGCAGAGAUGAGCGACCACUCGUCGGCGGAGUCGAGCUCGGACGAGAGCUCAGCGAGCGACUCAGAGUGA